AUGCCGGACUUCUCUCACAUCAAACUGCCACCGGAAGAGGAGCGGGAACUAGUUCAGCUACUGCCGGUGCCCAGCUGGUACGGCAUUGAGCCGCGGAAGGCGCCCCGAGACUACAGUCAUAUGCGAGGGCCGGAGCUGAUCAACAACGACCUGGUCUACGGCCAGUUCGGCAUCAUGGCCGUCACCGGCUGCAACCUGACCAUUGACCACCUGAACAUGAUUCGCACCGUGGUCAACAAGCACAUGGACAAGAAGCGGAUGUUCGCCGUCUGGCGAGUGGAGGCUCCCUGGAAGCCCAUCUCUAAAAAGGCCCAAGGCAAACGCAUGGGCGGCGGCAAGUCGGCCAUUCACCACUACGCGACGCCGAUUCGCGCCGGCUCGGUGAUCGUCGAACUGGGCGGACACAUCGAGCUGGAGGACUGUCAGUUCUUCCUCGAGUCGCUGGCCAAGCGAAUGCCCUGCCAGGCGUUCGUCGUCUCGAAGGAGCUGCUGGAGCAGUGGCGCCAGGAGGAGCUGGCCAUCGAGCAGCAGAACAUCAACCCGCUCUCCUACCAGCGAGUGGUGCAGCAGAACAUGUCCGGCUGUCACCGGUGGAUCACGCCGUACGACCACCGCUGGUACGGCAAAUAUACUUAG